AAAAACACUGGAUCCCGCCUAUAAAUUAUGAAUUUCCUUUUUGUGUGGUAACCAAGAAUGGAAAAAAAACCAAAAUGUACGCUCAAAAAUCUCAUCUUGAUAAAUUCCAUUGGCUCGUUUUAUCACAUAAAGACCAGGGGCUGUAUUGUAAAUAUUGCGCUCUAUUUGGUACAGGAUCAGGCGACGGAGUUCAAACAAAUACGCCUCUUAAACGGCUUGUUAAACAACCCUUAAAAGCUUUUGAUGAUCUACUAAGAGAAAAAGGAUCACUAUUAAUACACCAGCGAAAUAAAUAUCACCAAAUGUCGGUUGAAGCUGGAAAAAAUUUUCUUGUAAAUUACCAUACCCCUGACCUUAAUGUUGCUAAUCAAGUCUGUAAGCAAUGAUUAUCGCAAAUUAAAGAAAAUAGAGAUCGUUUGCGACCAAUUGUCUGUAAUGAUGUGCAUCAUUCGACUGUUAAAGACGGCACAAAUAUUUUAUUAUGUAUACAAUCUAUAUGUACGUUAUUUUUAAACCCUUUCAAAUAAAUAACAGUAUCUUCGAUACCCGCACGAACGACACGGGUCGAACAAUAGUAGUAUUGACAUCCCUACAUUAAAAGGACAGGCCCAAGGUCCAUGCCGCCGCAUGUGCCUAUAUAACAGGGACACACACACACACUCCACACAGAGAGUCCUUGAUCUUAGGUCGUCAGUGCAUGCGCACCGAUCAUAAGAUCAACGACGAGCGAUUUAUAUAUUUACACACGCGAUUUGUUUUGAAUCAUUUAAGUUUAACUUAAAUAAAAGAAAAAAUAUUGAAUUAUUUUAAUCUGUUCGACUUGCGUUCUUCGUACGAGUGUUGAAGAAUACCCAGUUCUGGUACCAUUAAAUUCUGCAUUUGUUCUUUUUUUUUCAACCUCGCGUCGACAUCAGAAGUUCUAUGGCGAACAAGUAAGUGCUGUUUUAUUUAGCUUGGCGGACUGUACAAUUGCGCUGAUCGGCUCUCGAACCUUCUCAACCCCGAGAGCCCUCCCUUAAACAAGGAGGAAGGUAACAACCC